GCUCUUACACAGAAACCAUUUGAGUUCUUCCGCACUAACAUCAACGAGACUACAUUAGAAAACCAUAGUUCGGAUGAACUUUUUAAUCAGUUCUGGAAUAUGGUAACACACAAGGAAACUAGGGAUACAGAGAGCAGAAUAAAAUGUUACGUUAUCUCUGUUUUCCUGUUAAGAACCCUUCGUUUAACCAGUUAUCACCAGGAAAAGAAAGUUGGUCCUCUCUCCAGCGAGGAAAUAUUUUUAGGUCGAAUUCUGCUGCAUAUGUUUAUGGUUCAAGACAUGAAUUCACAUCCAAUAUUCGGCCUGGAAUCAAACCCUCAUAGCGUCCAGAUCGGGCUGGAAACUAUUGGAAGUGCCAUCUAUCCAAUAGUUGGCAGUUACUUUAAUCAUUCCUGUUCUCCGAAUACCUUGAGAGUCAACGUUGGCAGAACUCAGAUGCUCAUUUCAAGCUCCAGAAUAAGCUCUGGAGAUGAGAUAACUGAUAUUUACAGUAUGCAUUUCAGUGAAAUCCUUAGAGAGAAGCGACAAUGGUGGCUUAAUAGGAAUUUCAACUUUGUUUGUAAAUGUGAAGGUUGUGAGAAAAACUGGGAAAUAUUUGAGAACCUGCCAACCAAAGUUUCAGACCAACUCAGAUCAAAACUUCAGAUGGUUGAAACAGCUAUAGCACAAGCGAUCAGAUCUGAUGACUUCAAGUUAACCCUGCAGCUCCACCUAAGACAGCUGGGACUUCUUGAGGGCUUAGAGAAACCACACACACUCCAUGUUCUUAUCAGGAACUCGUUUCAGUUUGCGUGCUGGAGAUAUUACGGGAAAAUGGCGGAAAACAGAAUAAUAUUAUCGUGAAAAAAUUAUUGAAAAUAAAACUUUAACAUACUCUGA